AUCUUUUCGCAGAAUGUCAUAUAAUUCAAAUCAAAACGUGGAUACAGUUUACAAACGUUUAUAUUAAAUUUAUUUUAUAAUCAUGUUACAAACGCAUCAUAGAAGCAGCAUCAGCCAACAUUCGAGAUCCGUGAGUCACUUUAUCAAUGAAGCUGAUGAACUAUCAGAUUCCGAGCUCGUUAAACAGGUCAAUGAUGUUAAGCAGCAAAUAAGAGUGCUCGCUUUGGAAAACGAAAUCUUAGAAAAGACUAUAAUGAGGCUCGAUCCGAGUUUAAUGCAUGGUAUUCAACAAGCAUUGGAGUUCGCUGCAAAGAUGCAGAGCGGUUCAUCCCUAAAUGUUAACAGUUUCGUCAAAUCGACGUCGAAACUGGGCAUGGAAUCUGUUACCAGCCCUUCUAGGAUGCUGACAAGCCCUUCAAAAGUUUCAGCACGGCGUGUAGAAUCAUCAGGUAAGUUCAGUAGCACUGUUAUUUUUGGCACCGGCCCAAGAGUUAAUGUUCUAGAGCGAUCGGAACUAGUCACCCUUGAAAUGGAAUUUCUUAUCAACAACCUCGAGAAAGCGAGAAGUAAAGCGGCGAAACAGCACGCGCUACUAAAGGCGCAGCUCGAAGAAAUCGGUUUACGUGAAGUUGAAAUUAAAAAAUCGAGUGAUCUGUUCGAGACAGAAGUAAUAGUUGAGGGUUGGGACAAAAUCGCUCAGAGGAUCCCCGCUGAAAUAUGGAUCAGAUUCAUGACCGAAUGGGUGAAAAUGAUAGAUGGCCAAAUAGGAAAGCUUAGAUUGCGAACUAGUACUUUAAACACACAGUACAGUAAGUUCAAAGGGCAGAUACGGGUCAAAGCCGAACUCAGCGAGAGUUUGCGACCCGUAGACUUCGAUAAGUUGAAGAUAGAAAACAACGAAUGCGCUGAAAUUAUUGAUAUGAAAAUACAGCAGCUGGCCGAGUUAAAAAAGAUGACCGGUGAUGCAAAUUUAAACCUGACAAUACAUAAGAAGCUGAUGAUGGAACAGAAUGGCUAUUUGACGAAUGUAUUGAAAACUAUCAAAUUAAAGCACAAGCAAACGAAAGAGUUGGAUAAAGAGAAAGACGUGAUACAAGUCCAGGCUGACAGCUUAGCUCAGAGAUUAGACGAUGUUCGCAAGGUCAGACUCGCAUAUGAAGUGCCAGAUGUGAUGGACUAUGUCAAUAUAAAGUCUGAAAUAACUGAUUUAAAAAACAACAUCAAAGUUCUAGAGAAUAGAGCACACAUACAACGAAUUGCACUGACUUCUUUAAAUAAGAAAUUGAAUUUGAUGAUGAACUGACCACUAUGAAACAGUAAACUUUAAACAAUUAUGGAAACAAAAACCCUCUUAAUCAUAAAAAAUGAAUCUGGUCUUUAAUUAAAGUACUCUAUCAUCUCUUUCUGACAAAUUGUGUUUGCGCUGUGAUAAAUAGAGAUGGAUUACUACUUUAAACGGUGUUAGAACGGUGCAGUCUAGAUUUAUUUUUUAUGAAUAAGGUGGUUAAUAUUUACAAUAGAAAAUCUAUUCAGUCCAUUUAAUAUUUAAAAUCUGUUUUAAAUUGUGAGAAUUUAUGAUGCGUAUUAAUUAAUAAUUAAAGAUGAUUUAGCUGGA